UGAAAGCAGCUUUCAAACAGAUAGCCAGUGUCUCCCAUAAAAGUGCAGAGGGGCCAUAAAGGUGCAGAGUGAGGGGCCAUAAAGGUGCAGAGUGAGGGGCCAUAAAGGUGCAGGGUGUUUGAGGAAGGAGUUGACUAUAGCUGAACGGAAGUGAUGGCCAAGAGUGGCAGCUGAGAGACCCUGCUGGUGUCCUGCGCGGGCCUUGUGAGGAGCCCGUAAAACUGCCCUUCCCACCCCGGGCCUUAUCAGUGGGUUAAUCUCUAACUGUGCGGAGCCGUACAACUGCCCUUCCCACCCCGUGCAGCCACUCUCCCGGGGAGGGUCUUGGGGAGUCCGCAGAAGGGACCCAACGGCAGAGCAGGAGCUCCGCGAUGCUGAGCUUGUCGAGUGCAGCUGUGGUGUCUGCUUCCCUUGUAGCCUGUGCCUGACCUGCACCGAGACACUAUGGCCCACGUGGCACCCCCAACCCAUCACUGAGGGACCACGGACCACGUGGCACCCCACGCCAUCAUUGAGGGAACCCGGCCCACGUGGUACUUCCGGGUCAUCCUCCUCCUCCUCCUGGGCCUGACUCUGCUGGUGCUGGCCAGAUUCCUUCUCACGGACUUAGAGCUUGUCUCACCCCUGUUUGGGGGCCAGGCCAAGGGGCCGCCCGUGACCAACAUCAUGUUCCUGAAGACGCACAAGACGGCCAGCAGCACGGUCCUCAACAUCCUCUACCGCUUUGCCGAGACCCACAACCUGUCCGUGGCACUGCCCGCCGGCUUACACGUCCACCUGGGCUAUCCUAGGCUCUUCCUGGCACACUACGUGGAAGGCGUGGAAGGCGUGGAAGGCGUGGAGCUGCAGCAGCACUUCAACAUCAUGUGCAACCACCUGAGGUUCAACCUGCCUGAGGUGCAGAAAGUCAUGCCCAACAACACCUUCUACUUCUCCAUCCUGAGGAACCCCGUGUUCCAGCUGGAGUCCUCCUUCAUCUACUACAAAACCUACACCCCCGCCUUCCUGCGCGCCCCGAGCCUGGACGCGUUCCUGGCCUCGCCGCGGACGUUCUACAACGACAGCCUCCUCAAGAACGUCUACGCCAAGAACAACAUGUGGUUCGACUUCGGCUUCGACCCCAACGCGCCGCGCGAGGAGGGCUACGUGCGCGCGCGCAUCGCGGAGGUGGAGCGGCGCUUCCAGCUGGUGCUCAUCGCCGAGCACCUGGACGAGUCGCUGGUGCUGCUGCGGCGCCGGCUGCGCUGGGCGCUGGACGACGUGGUGGCCUUCAGGAUCAACGCCCGCAGCGCGCGCUCCGUGACCCGCCUGGCGCCCGAGACCCGGGAGCGCGCGCGGAGCUGGUGCGCGCUGGACUGGCGCCUGUACGAGCAUUUCAACCGCAGCCUCUGGGGGCAGCUGCGCGCCGAGCUGGGGCCGCGGCGGCUGCGCGGGGAGGUGGAGCGGCUGCGCGCCCGGAGGCGCGAACUCGCGACCCUGUGCCUGCAGGACGGCGGCGCGCCCAAGAACCGCACGCAGAUCAGAGACCCGCGCCUGCGCCCCUACCAGCCCGGCAGGGCCGACAUCCUGGGCUACAACCUCCGGCCGGGCCUGGACAACCAGACGCUGCGCGUGUGCCAGAGGCUGGUGAUGCCUGAGCUCCAGUACAUGGCCCGCCUGUACGCCCUGCAGUUCCCGGAGAAGCCCCGCAAGAACAUCCCGUUCCUGGGGGAGUAGAGGGGCCGGGGCCGGGGUCGGGGCCUCCUGCGGACAGCAGCCCCUCUCUCCGCCGUCACCGGGGAGGCCGGGGAUCCUCGCAGGGCUUCUGGGGCGUUGGGAAACCCAGGCCCGCCGGCUACGGCUCUAAAAUGAAGAGGAUGGAGACCCCAGUAAGGAGCCGCCCACCCCGACGAUCCGCCCAGAUCCCUCCCAGAGAGCGCCCUGAGCCCAGGCGGCAGCCCCCCUCCCCCCGCCCCCGGGUCCGAGGCUGUGCCUCUGUUCACUGAAUAGGACUGAACAGGAGGGCGGGGGAGUAGGGGAAGCUGGAUGGCAGGUCAGCACCUGCCCGGCAGGACGCGCAUGCCCGUGAGCCCCGGGUCUCCUGAGGGUCCUGGGCACUGGGGCUGUGGGUCCUCGGAGGAACUCAGAGUGGCUCCCCUGAAUUUCCCGGCGCUGGCAACAAGGUGCUGGUCCCAGAGACAGCUGCAGGCACAGGCAGUGCCACAAAGACCAGCCCGGAAAUGGGGCAGGGGCCAGGGGUCAGCCGCUCCCGAACAGCUCCCCAUCUUUAGCUGCAGGAGGUUUGGUUCUGAUGGAAGGACGUUUUCUACAGAGAUGGCACAGCUGCUCACAAGACCAGAACUCUAGCUCGGCUCCACGACCCCUGCUGGUCAGCCCCUAAUGCCCCGUGAAGGAGAGGACGUCUCACUUGCCAAAGGAAUGGUUGGGGGGUCCACGUACCCUUGGUUGCCUUGGAGACCAUGUUCGGUGUGGUGCCAGAGGGCAGCUGUGGGCACCCCUCUUCGUCAUUCACACGGAGGGACAGAGCCUUCCUGCCUGGCAGGACGUGAUCCCUGGCUGCCAGGGGCUUAGCGGGUAAAGGGGUGCACAUGCUGGGACCAGCCGAUGCCUGGGGCACCCAGGAAACGCAGCUACUCUGCUGCACGCCAGCCUGGAGGUUGAGACCCCAGCAGUGGAUCUAGGCCUGCAGGUCUAGGUGUGUCCUUGCUUUUUUUGGGGGGGCAGGGAACCAGUAUUUCAAAGAAGAGAGAUAACCCAAACCAGCAGCAUAGGCAGCUCCCUCGGACCCCAGUGUAAUGGGGGAGCUUCAGGAAGAGUGAAUUUUCAGUGAGAGUCGGCUGUGAAGAAUGGCACGAGCUCCACUGAGUCAGAGUCAGCCAGGGACCUCAGCAGGUCACCCUCCCUCCUCAGCCCAGGGACCUCUGCAGGCCACCCUCCCUCCCGGCUCAGCCCAGGGACCUCUGCAGGCCGCCCACCCUCCCCGCUUAGCCCAGGGACUCCUGCAGGCCGCCCAC